AUGAUGCCAUUUCAAGACUUGACAAAUGUCAAUUUUGCUUCUCGAUUUUAUCAAAGAGCACAUGACAAUGAAGCUGGACCGAGUACCACAUAUGCCAGUCGCGUUCCAUCCACGGAAUCACAUUCGCAAAAUAUUAAUUCACCUGUUGAAACUCACGAAACACAAACAGUUUUUGAUCAAGAAUCAAGAUAUAUUUUUCAAGCAAGACAUAACAUUGCUAGAAAUUUUCGAAAUACUGUUAUGACAAUAAAAUCCCUACUUCCUACUUCGAAUGAGUGUAGACGAUGCAAUGGAAAAUUGUUUCAUAGAGAAUCUCAAGAUAUGUGUUACAAAGGUGGAAAGGUGACAAUUUCACAAGUGCCUGCUCCUGACGAGUUGUUACAGUUAUUUUUAGACAGUUCUACUGAAGGCAGACAUUUUAGACAACAUAUUAGAAGUUACAACCAUAUAAUGUCGUUUACUUCACUAGGUGUUCAUGUCGACGAAAGUUUGGUUGCAACUGGUCGUGGUAUUUACACAUUUCGUGCUCAAGGUGCAAUUUAUCACAAAAUAGGAGGUUUUCAUCCGAAUCAAGGUUCAAGGCCACGUUACUUGCAGUUAUACAUUUAUGAUACCGAUCAUGAGCUUCAAAAUAGGAUGAGGGAAAACCCAAUACUUAACCAAGCCGUAAUGUAUAAAUUGCAAAAACUACUCCACCAAUGCAACCCGUUUGUCAUCAUGUUUAGGCAGCUUGCACUAGAGCCAAAUAUUGAACAAUGUAGGUUACUCAUUAAAGAACAUCCGUCAAAUCAACCCCAAUAUAGUCUCCCUUCAGCUUCCCAAGUCGCAGCAAUUGUUAUAGGCGGUGGUGAUGAAGAUAUAAUAGAACGUGGAAGAGAUAUAAAUGUCAUCAAUUGUGAUGGAAAGCUAACAAAGGUUCAAGAAACAAUGGGGUAUUAUGAUCCUUUACAGUAUCCUAUAUUGUUAACGUUCGGAACAUAUGGUUGGGACAUAGAAACAAAAACUAUUGUUGGAAAAAAUGUUACAUGCCGAGAGUACUACAGUUAUGUGCUUCAGAUUCGUCGUAAUGAUCAAUCUGUAUUGUUAAAAUCGGGUCGACUUUUACAACAGUAUGUUGUAGACAAUUAUGUAAAGAUUGAGACAAAAAGGUUGAGAUGGAUCCGAAGAAAUCAAAAUAAUAUUCGGUCUGAGGUAUAUCAGGGGUUACAAGAUGCAUUGCACGAUGGGGAGAAUAACGCAGAUAAUGUCGGACAAAGAACAAUACUGCCAUCAUCAUUUAUUGGCAGUAAGCGAGAUAUGACACAGAGAUGCCAAGAUGGUAUGGCCAUUGAUGAUGUCAUUAACAAAAGAGUCUUAGGGAGGGUUAAAAGUUAUAUGUAUGUAACCGAAUUUCAGAAACGUGGACUGCCACAUGUGCAUAUGCUACUCAUCUUGGAUACUGAUGACAAGUUACAGGAACCUGAAGAGUAUGAUAGUGUGGUGAAAGCAGAAAUACCACGACAUGAAUCUGAACCAGAAUUGUAUGAAGCUGUGUUAAAACACAUGAUCCACGGGCCAUGUGGAGUAUUGAAUCAAAGCUCUCAGUGUAUGAAGAAUGGUCAUUGUAAAAAAAGAUACCCAAAAGACUUUUGUGAAGAGACGCGUCAGGGAAAUGACUCAUAUCCUGAGUACAUGAGAAGGUUUAGUGAUCCCAUUUUUUUAAAUAGAAAUAAGUCUGUUGAUAAUAGAUGGGUGGUUCCUUAUAAUCCAUGGUUGUUGUUGAAGUACGAUUGUCACAUCAAUGUUGAGAUUUGCAGCAACAUCAAAAGUAUUAAAUAUUUGUAUAAAUAUGUUUACAAAGGUCCUGAUCGAGUUGCAAUGGAGGUUCACAGAGGUACAAGUAUGGAUGAGAUUCAACAAUAUGUUGAUGCAAGAUGGAUUUGUGCUCCAGAGGCAUUGUGGAAAAUAUUUAAAUUCACACUUUACAAGUUAUACCCCUCUGUUGAAAGACUACAAAUCCACUUGCCAAAUCAUCAUCAAGUGCGGUUCUAUAAGCAUCAAAGAAUCACAGAUGUACUAAAUGAUAACCAAAAUGCAGUAACCAUGCUCACUGAGUUCUUUGCACUAAACCAAAUGGAUCCAUAUGCUAGGAAUUAUUUGUACAGAGAGAUUCCAGAGCAUUAUUGUUGGCUAAAAGGGGUCAAAAAAUGGCAGCGAAGACGGACAAACCGAAAAGUUAUUGGUCGAAUCUAUACAGUAUCUCCUUCAGAAGUUGAGGAUUGGGGGUUAUUAGAGAGUGACAAUAGUAUUCGUGAAUGUAUGCUUGAAGCAUCAAAUAUGCGCAUGCCAUAUGCUUUACGAAGGUUGUUUGUGACUAUAUUAAUUUUUUGUGAACCAACUGAUGUUAGAGGCCUAUUUAAUGAGUUUUAUCCCUACAUGGUGGAGGAUUAUCAAAUGACAAAUAUUGUUGUGGGAAAUAACUUUGAAGAUAUGUUAUUGAGGGAAUUGAGAGAUCUUUUGCUGCUACAUGGAAAACUAAUCAAAAACUACGAUCUUCCAAUAUUGACAAUGGAAACAAAUGAAGUCGGGGGAGUGCCAACAAUUAUUCAAGAAGAGUUGUCGGUCCAAAUUCCAGAUGAAGACAUUCAAUCAGUUGAGAAGUUAAAUAAUGACCAGAUGAGUGCUUACAAUACAAUUAUGAACGCCAUCCACCAAAAACAAAGUCAAUUUUUUGUUGUUGAUGGUCCUGGAGGAACAAGUAAAACUUUCCUUUAUCGAACUAUAAUGGCAAAUUUGAGACGUAAUAGUCAAAUUGUCUUGGCAACAACUUCCUCAGGUAUAGCUGCUACAUUAUUACCUGGUGGUAGAACUGCACACUCUCGAUUUGGGAUCCCCAUUGAUAUAGAGCCCAUUUCUAUUUGCAAAAUAACAAAGAAUUAUGACCUUGCAAAACUCAUUAGAAUAACCAAUGCAAUCAUUUGGGAUGAAGCACCCAUGAUAAAUAGAUAUUGUGUGGAAGCAUUAGAUCGAUCACUGCAAGAUAUUAUGAAUAUCAAUGCUCCAUUUGGUGGAAAAAUAAUGAUCAUGGGAGGAGAUUUUCUCCAGGUGCUUCCUGUUAUUGAAAAAGGAAGUAGAGGACAAAUGAUUUCAGCGUGUAUUUUUAGGUCUCAAUUAUGGGCCACCACAAAGAUCCUACACUUGCGCCAAAAUAUGCGAUUAAUUCAUGACCACGAGUUUGCACAGUUUCUGAUGAGGAUUGGAGAUGGAAAUGAACCUGCUAAAGAGGAUGACAUGGUCAAGAUGCCUGCUGAAAUUUUCCCUGGAGAUGAACAUAUUUUGUUAUCUUUUGAUGGGGUUGAGGGUGAUACUCAUAAUCUAUAUCAACAGGAAUACUUACACACAAUUGCUCCAGGCCACAACGUUGGAAAAAGAGCUUUCUUGCCAAGAAUUAAGGUCAAAACCACUGAUGAUGCAGGACUUCCUUUUGUGCUUAUUAGAAAACAGUUUCCUGUCAAACUAAGUUUUGCAAUCACUAUAAAUAAAUCACAAGGACAAACAAUUCCAAAUGUCGGAAUUUAUCUUCCACGACAUGUUUUCAGUCACGGACAAUUUGAAAAGAGAGAUAUUUAUGAGUUCAGUUCGGUGAUUGACAUUCCUAUUAAGCAACAAUGUCACUUAAUAUCUCUAUUAAUGUUUAUGUUUAUUUGCUUAAUAAACUGUGAGAAAUAA